AUGGAUUACACUGGAGAAACAGUGGAGGAAGUUCUAGGUUUCUACGAAAAACAUGCUAGUGCAAUUGAAUUUUCCAUAAGGAAAGGAAACACGAGAUUCAAAGUUGGGACAAGAAUCGUGCUUGAAAAGACAUUUCUUUGUUCAGCUGCAGGAGUAACAAACAAUGGAAAGAACAAAAAGAAAAAAGUGGAAACAGUUAUUCUUGUUGUGCCUAAAAAAGAGAGAAAACCAAGGCAAGUUCCAAUCACAAGAACUGGAUGUAGGGCAUGCUUGAGGGUGAAAAUGAAUUCUGAAGGAAGGUAUGAGGUUGUUAAUCACGUGAUAAUUCACAACCAUGACUUAACUAGAAGUCAAUGGAACUACUUGCAUAGAUCUGAAAGGCAAAUAACAGAAGAGAAGGGGGAGGAAAUUGAAACUAUGCAAAAGUCUGUGCAAUCACCUUCCAAGCUGAAAAAAGUUAGAAAUAAAAAAGUCAUACUUUUGGCAGUUAAAGUCUUUCCAGAUAUAAGACACAUAUUAUGUGUAUGGCAUUUGCAUCAAAAAAAAAUUACAAGAUUUGGGGCAUUGAAACGAGAUCCAACUUUUAAGAAGACAUUCAACUAUUGCUUGUAUAAGUGUGUCACUGAAGUUGAAUUUGAAACCAAUUGGAGAUCAAUGUUGCAAACAUAUGAGCUGAUAGGGGAAGAAUGGUUUACAAAUGUAUACGAUUUGAGAGAAAAAUGGUUCCCUGCCCUAAGCAAAGACUUCUUUUCAGCUGGAAUUUUGUCUUCACAACGAAGUGAAAACACUAAUCACGCCAUCGACUUUAGAGAAAACAGAACAACAGGUUUAACUGAUUUCUAUAGAUUGUUCAAAGGAACGAUACAACGUUGGAGAAGUACAGAAAAGCAAGCUAAAUUCUCUUGUAGUAAAUUAGUUGCAUCCUCAGCUUUACCGCUAUCUGGUUUGCUAAAACAUGCAUCAGAAGUUUACACGUUGUCACUAUUCAGAGGCUUUGAAGAGCAAUUUGGAUAUUCGAUUGCAGCAAUAGAAAAAUUAAUUCGGACACAAGGUAAUACUCAGUUCUAUGCUGUGUCCAUUGAUGAAGAACCUUGGUCUGCACAGAGAGUAACAUACAUCCAUGAGAGCCAGACAGUAUCAUGUACGUGUAAAAACUUUGAAGCUUCAGGAUGGUUGUGUUACCACUGCAUUAGGAUAUUGCACCUUCAUUCGGUAAACCGGAUUCCAGAACAGUACAUAAAAAAGAGGUGGAGAAAAUCUUCCAAGUCAUCGGUUUGGAACAAAUUAGAAAAUGAAAAUCCGGAAGAGGUCCAAUACACACCUUGGCGUCAAACCAUGGCUAGAAAGUACUACAACCUUAUCUUGAAAAGCCAGUCAAAUGAGGAGACGAGAACCCUUAUGGAGGAUGGUUAUGCCGCUAGUACUCAUGCAACAACAACAAGUGCUACAAGUGUAGAGCAAGCUGCAACAAGUUCUAAACCUGCAACAAACACGACAACUGAACCUCCUAUUGUAUUGGAUCCUGCACGUUGCACGACAAAAGGAAGGAACAAAAGACCACGAGGACAGCUUGACAAAAAGAAAAAGAGAAAAACUGCAGCACCUCCAACAGCAGACAUUGGAACAAUAACUCCAAAUUUGAGAUUAUUUUGA